AUUCAAAUGAAGAAAUUGGAGUUGCCGGAGUUAAUUAAGCAGUCAAUAUAUUUUUACUAGUAGAAGACUGAAAACAAUAUCCAUUUUCUAUUUUCUUUUAUAUUUCUUCAGCUCAUUACCCUCAAAAAAAAAAAAAUACAGAUGGCUCAUUGAUCGAUAAAUCGAAAUGCAGAAGCCCUAGAUUUCUGAGCAAAAAAAUAACUGAAUGGGUCGUGUCAAAAUGAGUUUUUUGCAUCUAUUUGGGUCAGCAUUAAAAUCUUGAGAGGAAUACUGCAGUUUGCGGGUUCAGUUAUUUUGUUCAAUUUGUUUGGGAGGAAAUAUCAACAACUGUAGCAGAUUUAUGGUUACUGUUAUUCUGGAUUAUGCUCCAUUUCUUCACUACUGUUUUGCAUUGUUGAAGUUUGGUUUGUUAGAGUGUGGAUGGUGUUGAAUUUUACACUGCUUUUGAAUCUAUGGCGAGGCGUCAUGGGUGGCAACUCCCUGCUCACUCCUUUCAGGUUGUGGCAAUAACAGUUUUUUUCCUAUUAUCUGUUGCUUUCUACGCUUUUUUCGCUCCUUUUUUGGGAAAGGAAAUCUAUGAGUACAUUGCUAUAGGCAUCUAUUCUUCCCUGGCACUCUCUGUAUUUAUACUUUAUGUGCGAUGUACGGGUAUUGACCCCGCCGAUCCUGGAAUUCUCAUUGAAGCAGACAAGAUGUCGGCGUACACAUCUCAUGUUGGCACGGAGUUGACUGGUACAUUAUCUGCAACCGAAGAGCCCGGAAAAUUUGGGUUGAAGAAUGGAGGAGCAUCUUACGAACAUGAUUCAGGUCGCUGUUUGAAUGUCGGAUGUUGCCUUUGCUAUUGUCUUGUGAAGGAGGAUUGUCGAAAGGAUGAAAAUUAUCUACUGGAACAAAAUAGCGAGGAGGCUUUGUUCUGCACAUUGUGCAACGCUGAGGUGCGGAAGUUCAGCAAGCAUUGCAGAAGUUGUGACAAAUGUGUUGACGGAUUCGAUCAUCACUGUCGGUGGCUGAAUAAUUGCGUGGGCAGGAAAAACUACAUAUCGUUCGUAUGCUUAAUGGCUGCAAGCCUUGCUUGGCUUGUUUUUGAAUGCGCAGUGGGGAUUGCCGUUCUUGUGCGCUGUUUUGUUGAUAGGAAAGCUACUGAGAACGCAAUCAUUGACAGGCUCGGAGAUGGAUUUUCUCGUCCACCAUUUGCUACUGUGGUGGCUUUAUGUACAGCUGUUUCAUUACUUGCGACUGUUCCUUUGGGAGAGUUAUUCUUUUUCCACAUCAUUCUUAUCCGAAAGGGUAUCACUACUUAUGAGUAUGUCGUUGCCAUGAGGACCCAAAGUGAACCUCCCGGACCUUCGGUAGAUGGAGGUGAUCAACAAAGUUUACCCUCUUCACCAACGAGCUCUGCUGUGACCGCCAUGAGCGGUAGAAGCUCUGUUGGAAUGGGUCUACAAUAUAAAGGCGCUUGGUGUACUCCUCCGAGGAUAUUUAUGGAUCAUCAGGAUGAAAUCGUUCCUCACCUUGAGCCCGGCCGACUACCAUCGACGGUUGAUCCAGAUCACUUCAUCCAAUCCGACAGGGGAAAGAAAGCAUCACAGCGCCCCAUCAGAAUCAGCGCGUGGAAGCUGGCGAAACUGAACUCCCACGAGGCGAUCAAAGCAGGUGCAAAGGCCAGAGCGUCGUCCUCCGUUCUACGCCCCAUCGGUUCCAGACCUCAUCCUUACGACGGCGACCAUCUGUCGAGCACGACCAUGAGCAGUCCUACCAGCAUGAGGCACGGAUACUAUGAGACCAAUGCCCGAGCAGGUACGUCCAGGUUAUCGCCGGCGAAGAGCUCGUACCCGCCAAGCCGAGCUAGCCGGGACGACACCGACACGUGCGCCCACAGCAUCAGCAACCUGAGCAGCCCUCUCGCCGCGAACCUAACGCCCUCACCGAUGGGGCAACACUCGUCGAACUUCAACCCGGUGUAUCAGUCGUCGGCUGCACAGUCGCCUCUGUCGGCAAGGGCCAGCGAGGCUCCCGAGGCGCGGGCCCCGACGAGGAGGAACAACAAUGCAGCGGGCACUGCGGACGGCGGGAAGUCCUCGGUGUACUGGGAUCCGGAGGCGGGCAGGUUCGUCUCGUCUGCCUCGAGGAGCGUCGGUGGUUCUUCGUCUGCGACGGAGCUCACGUACUCGGGGCAGUCAAUAUUCUUUGGAGGGCCGCUCAUGAACGAGCAGCUGAACAGGAGCGCGCGUUCGGGCGGGCCACAGCAGCGGAGCUCGACCUCGAGUUACUACCAACAGGGGAGAUCGCAGCGUGGAGGUCAGCUUCCUGUGUUUGUGCCGAGUGAUUCCCAUCAGCAAAACCAAUUUUCUUCUAAUUUAGAGUAGCAUUUUGAUUAAUGUUUGCUGUUACUAACUGAGCAGUAGAAUUAGAUCGUUACAAUUCUUCAUUUUCUCAUAAUCUGUUCCAAUGUCAA